AGCGUGCUGACGAUACAGCACCACCGUCGAAUAAUGGCCCGGCAGCACCCGGGGCUGCUUAAGCUGUUUGUCAAUUGAUACUAUAAUUUGCUUACUACUACACAGUUCGCUACUAAACGUUUAAUCUAAUCCUAUGUUUAUAUCUGUCAACUGUCACUACCUGACGGUCUGUAUCGGAUCGUACACUAUACAGCGUGAAACAAAUGAUACUAUCGGGAAAGAAGGCUUUCCAUUUCUGCAGCAACAUAACCAGUGAGACUACUAUUCUAUUACCACUAAGAUCAUCGGCCAAAGUCAGGCUGGAUAACUUCUAGGCUUGUGUAUGUGUGUGUGUAUAUGUGUCUUACCAUCUUUCGAAUAUUUUGAAUUCUCAGAGUACCAGCAGGCUAGUACAAAUCACUACACAGACAAACCGUGUGCUACUAAUAGCGCUGUCAGUGCAUACACCAGCACCCAUCAGCGAGCUUCCUCACGAUCGUCGGCGAGUGUCGGUUACGAUCACACCAAAGUCAAAGACUACUACAGAAGACAUCAACAUACCGCCACCGAUCAGCAUGUGUACAGCCGCGAUACCAGGCAAACGGCCUUCGAGCACCGUCGGCCAUUGCGUGCGUCGAGCACCUAUCACAGCGCGUACUAUUAUGGCUCGACCCAGGGGCUUGGCCACUCGAGCCAUCUUGGCGAGUCGGCGAGUCGUGAUGUAACAAGCACUUCAGACAUCGCGAGCCAGCGACAGAGACGCAGCUACUAUCAUGAGCGGUUGACGACCGGAACGCGCCACGAUAGAACGGCACGAGAUGUACGGAAAUCGCCGAACGUUCCGGAACAGGCGCAAAGUUUGUCGGUGGAGCGAACCGAAUGGCGGACGCGCGAUUGGGCUCGCAUCAAGCGUACCAGUCCAGUGGUAGUGUGUGAGGUGGAGGAUGAUACCAGUAGCGGCAAACACUCGAUUGGCAGGGGCAGUAGUGUCGCGCAAGCCACUACCAGCGUUACCGAAUCUACUUCAUCCCGCGAAGAGUCUAAAUCGUUGCGGACCUCCGACCGUACCUCACAGCUGCAGCUAUCCACGUCUGACGUCCACAUGUCCGAAUCGGAUCGAACGGGCAGCAAACGGUCACAAACCUACCCGUACCAUUAUCGGAUGGAUACGUUCGCCACAACACAGCGCGUCGAAAGUUUCUCCUCGCUGGAAAUGUACCAACCGAUCGUACAAACUGUGCUGCGCGAUCGGCUUGUAAAGCGUGGUUCGAACCUAAUUCUUGUCUGCUCAUUCUGGGGCAUAAACUGUGAGAUCGAAUGGGUACACAACUAUACGAAAAUUAACAACGGUGCAAAGUAUCGCAUCUCGCGCCACCAGGGCAUGAGUAUACUGGAGAUCUACGACAUUACGCAUCAGGAAGCGGGCAUGUACAAGUGCGUGGUGCGGAACGAUUGCGGUGAAGACGUUACCAACUGCUGUAUUCUGGUGCUGGACCACAUACGGUUGUCGUCGACAAAGCAAACGAGACCCGAUCGCCAUACGUUGACGAGACGUUACUGAGGAUCGCUGAUCGAUGGACUUAGUGUUUAGAUUGUUUAGUUUGUAAUUUUGUGUCCCAUGUUGUCCAGUGCCAUUGCGCUCACACUCCAUCGAAUGUUUGUGUGUUUGUGUUGGUAACUUUCAUCGUUUUAUGUUCCCACCAUUUACGUCCCUUUCUUCGUCGAUCGUUUAGUGUGUUUGUAACUAUGUGUGCUCUACAUGACUACGGCAAGAACUGGAGGUGUCGAGGCACGGGGCCAACCGGAAAAUGGGCCUCACCUUGCUAAUACGUUUUGCGUGUGCAAAAUUUCCCUUUCCCAAUUCCUACUC